AUGUCUGAUAGGACGGGCAAAAAGAACAAGAAGAGCAGGACGUUCAGCGCCAUGGAUGCGGCUGCCCUGCUUCUCUUUGACGGCGCCAUGACGUCUGAGCAAAAGUCCAAGACGGCCAAGAAGUUGCGCGACAAGCACGACGAUCCCAGUACGUAUGGGUUCUAUGAUACGUACACGACGUCAAAGGAGAAGAAAACAUGGAAGAAGCUGAAGAGCGAGGAACGCGGUGCAAGCAGCGGUCAGGGUCGCAACCCGAGUUAUUCCUCCAUGUCGGCAGGUAGCACGGCCGUCGGCCCAAGCCACGCAUCAAGCCACAAUCAGUCCAAUCAGAGAUACGGUUCCACAGGGAGUUAUGCAAGCGGUGAUUCAAGUCAUCUAUCGAGACAGAGUCGCUCAAACAGGGGUCAGAGCUACAGCGAGCGCCGUCGCACCCACCAGGCGUUUGUCGCGAGCGCGUCCACAACACCGCAGUCAAAAGCCCGCGGCAGCGGAAAGUAA